AUGUCCGUGCGGGAGCAGAGCCGGAGCGGCGCCCUCAGCGCGGCCUCGCGGAGCCCCUGUGAGGCGGAGGAGGUUGCGCCGGGCCGGUGCCUGUCGCUGCUGCCCUGGGACCGUUUCUCGGCCUGGCUGCACUGCGUGUGCGUGGUGGGUUUCGACUUGGAGCUGGGCCAGGCCGUGGAGGUAAUAUAUCCUCAGCAUUCAAAACUUACAGAUAAAGAGAAAACCAGUAUUUGCUAUUUGUCUUUUCCAGAUUCCAAUUCAGGUUGUCUUGGAGACACACAGUUUUGUUUUAGAUUCCGACAAUCUUCUAGUAGGAGGCUCUCACUGCAAUGUAUGCUGGACCAGCUGGACAGAGACUUACCAGUUUCCUUAAAGAAGGACCCUGCAUAUUAUUAUGGCUAUGUAUAUUUUAGACAAGUUCGGGACAAAACAUUAAAAAGAGGCUACUUCCAGAAGUCCUUGGUUCUCAUCAGCAAACUACCUUAUAUCCAUCUUUUCCACACUGUGCUUAGGCAUAUAGCACCAGAAUAUUUUGUAAAGAACGAACCUUUCCUGGAAGCAGUUUGUAGUGAUGUUGAUCAUUGGCCACCACCAGUCCCAGGGAAAACACUAAAUUUGCCUAUUAUGGGCAUUAUAAUGAAGGUGCGGAUUCCAACAUGUCAUGACAAGCCUGGAACAACCCACAUAGUACAGUUCACACACCAGGAAGACACACAAAUCUCCAUUGCUUUACCUACUGUUCAUGAAGUGGAUCUUUUCAGAUGUUUCUGUCCAGUAUUCUUUCACAUUCAGAUGCUUUGGGAACUAGUGUUAUUAGGAGAACCGGUUGUUGUUAUGGCACCAUCACCUUCUGAAUCUUCAGAUACUGUUCUGGCACUUGUUAGUUGUAUUUCACCUUUGAAGUACUGCAGUGAUUUUAGGCCCUACUUCACUAUACAUGACAGUGAAUUCAAAGAAUAUACCACUCGUACACAGGCCCCGCCUACUGUCAUUUUAGGAGUGACAAACCCUUUUUUUGCUAAAACACUCCAGCACUGGCCACACAUUGUCCGAAUAGGAGAGAUUAAACUUCCAGGUGAAGUUCCAAAGCAAGUGAAAGUGAAAAAGCUGAAGAACCUAAAGACUUUGGAUUCUAAACCUGGUGUUUAUACAUCUUAUAAGCCAUACUUGAACAGAGAUGAAGAAAUCAUAAAACAGUUACAAAAGGGUGUACAACAGAAACGUCCUGCAGAAGCCCAAAGUGUAAUUCUUAGACGUUAUUUCUUGGAACUGACACAAAGCUUCAUCAUUCCAUUAGAACGUUAUGUGGCAAGCCUGAUGCCCCUGCAAAAGAGCAUAUCUCCAUGGAAGAGUCCACCACAGUUGAGACAAUUCAGCCAAGAAGACUUUAUGAAAACACUUGAGAAAGCAGGACCACAGCUCACCUCUGGAUUAAAGGGAGACUGGAUAGGACUUUACAGACACUUCUUGAAAUCUCCAAACUUCAAUGGCUGGUUCAGGACCCGGCGGAAGGAAAUGACACAGAAGUUGGAGGCCCUCCAUUUAGAAGCGCUCUGUAAUGAGGACUUGCUUUUCUGGAGUCAGAAACAUACUGAAGUAGAAACAGUGGAUCUUGUCUUAAAGUUAAAGAAUAAACUGUUCCAGGCUGACAGAGAACAUCUACCCAUGAAACCUGACACUAUGGAAAAGCUACAGAUGCACAUUGAUGCAAUUAUACUAGCACUCCCAGAUGACUUACAGGAUAUUCUGCUUAAAACUGGUACAACAUGAUUUCUAUUAGGAUUUUUAUGCCACAAACAAACAACAUAUUUCAAAGCUUCACAGAAGAGACUGGCAGAGAUGAAUGGACUGGAGCUGUGAAUGGUAUACUAA